UGUCGCCAAAUGUCUAUUUUUCUUUUAUCAAAAGAGCUGAAGCUUGUGAAGCCAAAGAGUAUCUGAUCGCCGCCAUUGCUCUCCCUUCUCCUCGGCCAACACCAGUGGCAGAGGAAUACAUAUCUCUCAAUCUAUCAACUGCUCUUGAACACAGCAGUUCAUUGUAACCAUGGGUCAAAAUGUUGUUUUGGAAUGUGGAAAUCAUUUACAAGCAAGAAUGAAGCCUAAAAUUGUCCACAUUUCUAGUCUUAGCACUAAGGUACAAGAGAGAGUGAGAAAAAGAGAGACAACUGACAGGUACCACUACUUCAAGAUAUUGGAUGAUGAUCUGAGAGAACUUAACCGCAGUUAUUCAUCAAGUCUUCAUUAUGAAAGCAUGCACUCCAAAUCUUUUCGAGCCAAUGGUGAUAAUGAAGUGUUAAAAAGAGGUUCUAUGUAUCAGAGCUCUAAAGAGGUCAGGAGAAUGAGAAAACUGCAAGAGGAAAGGAGGAAAGUAGAAUUGGAAUGCAGAGGUGACGAUUUUCUUUCAUUUGAGAUUGUUGAUCAUCUGCCACAGCAUGGCAUGGACAAAGUCAAUCAGUCACUACAUCAGAAGCUUUUGCCUCUUGUUUCAUCAAAUGCUAACUCAAAACAUACUGCUGCCACAGUUAAUCCUAUCACAACAAGCUCCAUGGAGUUUCUGGAUCUUUCAUUCCGUGAUCUUCUUGACAAGCCUCUGAAUACCAAUAACUCAUGCUCAGACAUUGUGCCAGCAAAAAGUAGUCUUGUAGAUGAUCUCUUGGAUAUCUCUGAUCACACUGUUGAUGCAAGAACUCAUUGUACAAAAGCAGCUCCUAGGCUGCGAACAUCAGGAUCUCUCACGUUACAGAAGUCCAACUUCCAUGAAAUGAUAUGUCCUGAAAGUUACAGGAAAAUCACUUAUGAGAGAGAUUCGCUAAAAGCUCUUCCAAAGUGCUUUUCAGAAAAUGCAAAUAUGUCCCAUACAGUUUCUCAGUUGGAAUGUGGUUUAGCUGAAGAAAGUGGUCCAAAAACUAUCUUUAGGUCACUCAAGAGAAUGUUUGAUCCUAUAAUGAAAUCCAAAUCUGUCCGAAAUCUACCGCUCUCGGGAAGACAAAGCACUGGGAGCAGAGUUACUGAAACUGCAAACGUCAGGAGGAAUGGAGUGUUCCAGAAAUCUUUACUGAAUGAAUUCUCAAUAACGGAACAGAAGAUAGAGCAUGCUGCAUGUUUGAUGGCUGGAGAGCACUUGAACGCUGCUGUCUUGCCUGCUCAUCUACAUGGAAUUCUUAAACUGGAAAUAGAGAAUGGGAACCCUUCAUUUCAGUUUACUCUAGAAGAUCCAGAAGAUGUCCUAUCCACAAAGACAUGGAGAACAGAUACUGCAUAUAACUGGGUUUACACCUUCCACAGGUCUAAAAAGAAAAUGAACACUGGUCGAGGGACCAAAGAUAAACAUGGGCAGUCACCUCCAUUAGUCGGGCAGAUGCAGGUUUCUUGUCACCUAUGCUCAGAAGUGAGAGAAAAUGGAUCUUUGGCUAACUCAACAGUCACAGAGUUUGUGUUAUAUGACAUUGCACGAGCAAGAUGCAGCUUUGCUGUCGAAGAAAGAUCCAAGUGCUCUUUAGAUUCCAUUCAUUCUGUUGCAAGUAAUGCUACAGAAGGCCUGAUCACAGGACCUCUAGAGAGAAGCAUUCCAGUGGGGCACCCUAAUCCUGCUAGACAUGGAUUUAGUUGUUGUGACACAAAUGCUUCAACUUCUUACCCUUGGUUACCAGAAGAUUUGCAUCCACAACUUGAGAUUGCAGCUAUUGUAGUUCAAAUUCCUUUCAGCAAAACAGAAAAUCUGAAAGAUAUCAAAGUGUUCGACCUAAAAGAAAAUCAAAAUUUAUCAAGACUGCCCACAGAUGAUCCAGGAAGGGAGACCAAGAACAGCCUGAAUCCUGCGUUUGUGAAGGUCAUGAUUCCGAAUGGGCCUCAUGGGUUGCCAGAUACUGAUGAUGGUGGCCCAUCUGCACUUCUAGAUAGAUGGAGGUCUGGUGGAGGCUGUGAUUGUGGUGGCUGGGAUAUGGCCUGCCCAAUUCUUGUAUAUAACAAUCCCCAAGCUGAUGAUUUGAUAGAUCAUUCAACUGGGAAAUUUCAAAAUCCCAUUUUGCUUUUUGUUCAGGGAAGCAAGGAAAAGGAACCUGCUCUAUCGAUAACAGCAGACGGGGAAGGACAGUAUUCAGUCGAUUUCCAUGCACGAUUCUCAUCUCUACAGGCAUUUUCAAUCUGCAUGGCCAUGUUGCACAGUGCCAACAUUUCUACACCCGUUCUUCUGGAGAAAAGCAGACACAGAUCUUGUUCUAACUCACUGAAAUCACUCCUUGAGGAAGAAGUAAAGCAUUUGAUCGAAGCAGUUGCAGAUGAAGAGAAAAGAAAAUCUAAAAAGGGCGGAGAACAAAUGCCUCCUUUUUGCAUAGACCCACCCUUUUCUCCCAUUGGGAGGGUGUAAACUUUGAGCACCACAUGCUUACUGAAGAAGUUGAGGAUGAUUACUUCAAUGGAGCAAAGUCCUCAAGAGAAGAUGGGAAACAUGCCAAAAUAUUCAAGUCAUUGCGACUACAUGUUCAUGAGAAUGACGGGUGCGAAAUCAUGUCCAUGUUCAUACUUACAAGUGAGACGACGAUGUUCUUUUCUGUAUAUAAAGAAGAGGUGUACACCUUUUUGUCCGAUUGCUUGCUGGAUGUCAUGAUUGAUCUUGAGUUGGUAAGCAAUCUCAGAAACAAAUAAUUCUUGAUUUUUGAGACA